GCCCCAAGGGCGGUGGGAGCGGUACCCGGUACUGCCAAGCCACCUCCUCCGCCCCAGCCCUGGCCGGCGCCCGCGGGGCACCUGCCAGGAGGGCGAGGGGGUGCGGGUCCUGCGACUCUGGUGUGGGAGCUUGGGUGGGUACCUACCGCAAGCCGCACCCUGCAGGCCACAAACGUCUCCAGGGCGCGAUCCGCUCCGCACCAGAUCCAGGUGCAAGGCGGUGACCGCCAUCGUCCAGCAGGCGCCAGGGAAAGCUCUGAGGCCGGAGUGGUGCAGUGGGCAUCGCAGCCGAGGCUCCAGCUCUGCGGCUUCUCCUCCCUCCGCCUCGCUGUGGUCAAGACUGCCGAGCACCCUGACGCGGGGCAGCGGUCUGGCUGGGACUCCCAGGGCCGAGGCCCGGUCUCCUCCGUCUUAAGGAGCGCAGCCCAUCCUUGCUCCCCGGCCACCUCUCACCUUUUCCAGUAAGAGGCUGAGGUUUCAAGCAGUCACCCCUCCCAAGGAUCUUGAAGCCAAUGAUAGGAAUUUGUGGGUAGAGCGUUUGAGGGAAGAUGGUAUUAGGUAGAGGCGCCGUCCCUUGACUCGUGGCCCCAAAAAAGACGCCGAGCUGUUCACAGGCGAGAAGAAUCCGGGCGCAGUGCUUGGUCUAAUUUCUUUAAGGCCUGUCCCCGAACUUAAGAUGGGAAUGAUGAAGACUCUCGAAGUGGAGGAAAAGUGAGACUAGUGCGUCCGCAACGCAGGCGAGGAGACGACCAGAGCCUGAAUCUGAUCCCCCCGCGCAGCAGGGCGGGGAUGCCACCGGCUGGACGAGCGGUCCUGGGACAGAUCCUAAGCCGACACCCCGCGGUGACCCCCGCGGGCUGGUCCAGGGGACCUGCGUCCUGCCCCGUGUGCAGCCUGCGGGGGUGGGCAUGAGAGCCCUGCUUGGGCGGGGAUAAAGUGAGCAGGACCAGAAAGGACGUGGGCCAGGCGAAUGGAGGAAGGUGGAGGCCCUCAGAGCUCUUUGCCAUGAACCAGCAGGCCCCAGGGGGUCCCCCUGCACCCCGCCGUGUGAGGCUGAAGCCCUGGCUAGUAGCCCAGGUGAACAGCUGCCAGUAUCCAGGACUUCAGUGGGUCAACGGGGAAAGGAAGUCUUUCUACAUCCCCUGGCGCCAUGCUACAAGACAUGGCCCCAGCCAGGAUGGUGACAACACCAUCUUCAAGGCCUGGGCUAAAGAGACAGGGAAGUACACCGAGGGGGUGGACGAAGCUGAUCCAGCCAAGUGGAAGGCCAACCUACGCUGUGCCCUUAACAAAAGCCGUGACUUCUGCCUCAUCUAUGACGGCCCUCGGGACAUGCCACCUCAGCCCUUCAAGAUCUACGAGGUCUGCUCCAAUGGUCCUGCUCCCACAGAGUCCCAGCCCACUGAUGAUUACAUUCUGGGUGUAGGAGAAGAGGAGGAGGAGGAAGAUGAAGAGCUCCAGAGAAUGUUACCAGGCCUGAGCAUCACAGAGCCAUUGCAGUCUGGCCCUCCCAUGGCAUCCUAUUCCUUGCCUAAAGAAGAUGUCAAGUGGCCACCUGCUCUCCAGCCACCUGUAGGGCUGGGUACCCCUGCUCCUGAUCCCAGCCUCAUGGUCCCUCCCUCUGGCAAUCCUGUGGGCUUUGGGCAGCUUCUCUCUGAGGUCCUGGAGCCUGGGCCUCUGGCUACCAGCCUGCCCCCUACAGAACAACUCUUGCCUGACCUGCUGAUCAGCCCCCACAUGCUGCCUCUGACUGACCUGGAGAUUAAGUUCCAGUACCGGGGACGGCCACCCUGUGUCCUCACCAUCAGCAACCCACAAGGCUGUAGGCUCUUUUAUAGCCAGCUGGAGGCCACUCAGGAGCAGGUGGAACUCUUUGGUCCUGUGAGCCUGGAGCAAGUACGCUUCCCCAGCCCAGAGGACAUCCCCAGUGACAAGCAGCGCUUCUAUACAAACCAGUUGCUAGAUGUCCUGGACCGUGGGCUCAUCCUCCAGCUGCAGGGCCAGGACCUGUACGCCAUCCGUCUGUGCCAGUGCAAGGUGUUCUGGAGUGGGCCCUGUGCCUCAGCCCAUGGAGCGUGUCCCAACCCCAUCCAGCGUGAAGUCAAAACCAAGCUCUUCAGCCUGGAGCAGUUUCUCAAUGAGCUCAUCCUGUUCCAGAAGGGCCAGACCAAUGUCCCACCACCUUUUGAGAUCUUCUUUUGCUUUGGAGAGGAAUGGCCUGACCACAAACCCCGAGAAAAGAAGCUCAUUACUGUACAGGUGGUGCCAGUUGCAGCUCGAUUGCUACUGGAGAUGUUCUCAGGGGAGCUUUCUUGGUCAGCAGACAGCAUCCGGCUACAGAUCUCAAACCCAGACCUCAAAGACCACAUGGUAGAGCAGUUCAAAGAGCUCCAUCACAUCUGGCAGUCCCAGCAGCGGUUGCAGCCUGUGGCCCAGGCCCCUUCUGUGACAGGGCUUGGUGCUGGCCAGGGGCCAUGGCCCAUGCACCCAGUUGGCAUGCAGUAACUGUGCUGCAGAUAGUGGCUGGGCCAGGCUCCCUGGGGCAGCUGCAUGGAUUAAUAUGACAGUGUAGUGGCCCCAGAGGCCUGGCUGACUGUAGGGUCCCACAUCUGGGUCUCCUGGAAAUAGAUUUGGGCCAAGGACAAAGAAGAGAGGCCUGAGGUCAGAUUCUCCCUAACUCUGAUCUGAGCACUGUCGUCCUUUGAUUUCUCUGAUCUGUCUGGCUCUGAAGAAACAGCCAGCAGCCCCAGUGAGAGGAAGAACCUCAAAUUGCCCCAGAGUGGCCCAUGCAUGCUUGCUCCAAUUUCUCUAGCAAAACGUGCCAAGAAGUGUUGCAGGCCAGGACCCUGCAAAUGGGGCCUCUGCAGGGAAUGGGCCUGAUUUAGGAGUUCCCUAAUUUGGGCCUCUUUCUCAUCUUUCUUCUGACAAGGAUAUCACCAGACACUUGAAGCGGGCAGCUACCCUCCUUCAGAGCCCAAGAAGCUGGAGUAGAAUUUUGUAUUUUUGGAUUAAUAAAUGUUAAAGGUA